CCAUCCACGUUUCAGACUGAGAAGUUUACACCAACUCUCCCAAAGCCAUCAUUAGCUUCUGUAUGAAAAGAGAGAAAAUGGGUGUAACUCUUCAAUCAUUUUCAUUUCCAGCACUCUUUCUUUUCUCAGCGAUUCUCACCCCUCAGUUUGCAGAAGGAGGCAUUACUAGGCACUACCAUUUUGAUAUCAAGUAUCAGAAUGUAACACGACUCUGCCACACCAAGACCAUGGUCACUGUCAAUGGUCAGUUUCCAGGACCUCGCAUUGUAGCAAGAGAGGGUGAUCGUCUUGUUAUCAGAGUGGUUAACCAUGUACAGGACAACAUCACCAUCCACUGGCAUGGGAUUCGACAGCUUCGAUCAGGAUGGGCUGAUGGACCUGCAUAUGUGGCACAGUGCCCCAUCAAGACUGGUCAAAGCUAUGUCUACAAUUACACCAUUAUUGGCCAAAGAGGCACUCUCUUUUAUCAUGCCCAUAUAUCAUGGUUAAGAUCAAGCGUCUAUGGUCCUAUCAUUAUUCUUCCCAAGCUUGGUGUUCCAUAUCCUUUCGCCAAACCCCACAAGGAAAUUCCCAUUGUCUUUGGAGAAUGGUGGAAUGCAGAUCCUGAAGCAGUCAUAGCCCAAGCCUUACAAACAGGUGGAGGACCAAAUGUUUCUGAUGCUUACACUAUCAAUGGACUUCCAGGGCCACUCUACAACUGCUCUGCUAAAGAUACAUUCAAGAUGAGGGUGAAGCCUGGAAGAAAAUACCUUCUUCGUGUGGUAAAUGCAGCACUCAAUGAUGAGCUCUUCUUCAGUAUUGCGAAUCACACCCUCAGAGUAGUUGAGGCAGAUGCAGUAUAUGUUAAGCCUUUUGAGACUCAAACUAUUCUCAUCACCCCUGGACAAACAACAAAUGUUCUUCUUAAAACUAAAUCUCACUACCCCAAAGCCACAUUCCUUAUGAGUGCAAGACCAUAUGUGACAGGCCUUGGCACUUUUGAUAACUCAACUGUUGCCGGUAUCCUGGAAUAUGAAUCCCCAUCAAAAUCUCUUCACUUGAAGAAGCUUCCACUCUUCAAACCAAUCCUCCCUGCCCUUAACGACACUUCCUUUGCAACCAAUUUCGCCAACAAACUCCGAAGCCUUGCAAAUGCUCAGUUUCCUGCCAACGUUCCACAGAAAGUGGAUAGACAAUUUUUCUUCACUGUAGGCCUCGGUACAAGUCCCUGUCAGAGCAAUCAAACAUGUCAGGGACCCAAUGGAACAAUGUUUGCAGCUUCAAUAAAUAAUGUGUCUUUCACACUCCCAACCACUGCCCUUCUUCAAGCCCAUUACUUUGGGCAAUCCAAUGGAAUUUACUCCCCUAACUUUCCUAGCAGCCCCUUGCAUCCAUUCAACUACACAGGCACCCCACCAAACAACAUCAUGGUGAGCAAUGGGACAAAGUUGGUUGCUCUUCCCUUCAACACUAGCGUGGAGCUUAUCAUGCAGGACACCAGUAUACUCGGCACUGAAAGUCAUCCUCUUCAUUUGCAUGGCUUUAACUUCUUUGUUGUUGGCCGAGGUUUUGGAAAUUUCAAUCCAAAUAAGGACCCUGCAAAUUUCAAUCUUGUUGAUCCCGUUGAAAGGAAUACAGUGGAUGUUCCCUCUGGUGGAUGGGUUGCCAUUCGUUUCCUAGCAGAUAACCCAGGGGUAUGGUUCAUGCAUUGCCACCUGGAAAUUCACACAACCUGGGGUCUGAAAAUGGCGUGGGUCGUUUUGGACGGAGAGCUUCCCAACCAAAAACUUCUUCCACCACCAUCGGAUCUUCCCGUCUGUUAACUUCGGCCUCAAAUUACUCUUUUCAACCUUUCUUGAUCGUAU